AUGCCCAGACCGGGGGCAGUAGCUAAAUAUCAACGUUUUCUUUUGAAAAAACUAUUACCUGCCUGCAAUACUUUGCAACAAGCUCGGAGAGAACUUUUUUGGAUACAGAAAGAGUUACCAAGUGAACAAUGGAAACAAGCUUGUAUUCAACGAGGGCGCCAUCUGAUGCCGCUUCAAUAUAUUCUGGGCAACCAACCCUUCGGUAGCGUGAACAUUAAAUGCAGACCUGGGGUAUUAAUUCCCCGUAAUGACACGGAAGAGUGGUGUAGUGAAUUGGUUGACGUAUUUCGUGGAAGUGACACUUUUUCUGUGUUGGAUAUGUGUACUGGAUCAGGUUGUAUAGCUCUGUAUCUUGCCACAGAAUUAUCUAAUGUUACAGUGUUAGGGGGCGAUAUUAGCCAGGAUUGCAUAUCCCUUGCUAAUGAAAAUAUUGACGUCAACAAAGACAUUAUUAAGGGCAAGAUCAAAGUUGAUUCAAUGGACUUAUUUCAACCCCUAGCUGGUGAUAAGAAAUUUGACGUUGUUGUUUCAAAUCCGCCUUACAUUCCAACUCAUGAAUUGGAAAAACAAGAGGAAGUAGAAAAGUCUGUAAGGUUGUAUGAACCAAGGCUUGCGUUAGAGGGAGAUCUUCCUGUGUUCAAGGCCAUGGUAACAUAUUACAUAAUACCCUCUCAAUGCAAGGUGUUCAUACUAGAGAUAGGUUCCAGAGAGCAAGGGCAGUACACAAGAUCGUUACUGGACGAGUCAUGGGUGGUGGGAUUACGUUUAGAUUCUGCUUUUAGGCCUAGAAAUGUAAUCGGUUUUCGAACAGACAUUGAAUCUAGUAUUAAACGCAAACUAAUGACUACAAUUAUUGAACUUUUUAAAAAACAACGUUGA